UUCGCCCGCCUCCUAACACACGCCUUUUGGUUAAUCCUACAAUAUUAUUGGAUUUGCACGCCUCUUUAACCCUCGACCUGCAAAAGCCAUUGGCUAAUACUGACGCUAAUCGCCAACCCCCUUUAAAUCCUACAAUGGGAUUGGACACCGACACAUGUCGACAAAUAUACGAGGACUUAACAUAAAAUUGAAAAGCGGGACGCUGGCGUUUGGUAAUUUUGCCCUGGCCUGGAAAUGGAUAGGUUUGUGACCAAAACAAGAAAAAAAACAUUAGAAUCUCCUGAUGAGGAAAAGAAGAAGAUAGUGGAAGUGGCUUGCCAGUCUGGGCAGGUGAAAAGACGUCGGCUUGAGAGCAAUUUCAAAGAUGAAGCAUCUCUGUCUGCUACAGAAGAGGAGGACAAAGAUUUUGCACAUGCCUUAACCUGGAAGAAAAUUGAAGCCGAGGGUUUGGAUUGUGACUACACUUUGCUUUUCCAAAGAAGUGAGGCAGACAUAGUCCUGAAAGAACUGGAAAAGGAGGUGGAAUAUUUUUCAGGGGAUCUAGCUAAGGUUCAUGUUUUUGGAAAGCUUCACAAUAUACCUAGAAGGCAAGCCACGUAUGGAGACCAAGGGUUAAAGUACACUUUUUCAGGACUACAGCUGUCUGCCAGGCCAUGGACACCCACGCUGGUGAUGAUCAGAGACCGUGUGACAGAGGCAACAGGGCACAGCUUCAACUUUGUAUUGAUUAACAGAUACCAAGAUGGCAAUGACCAUAUUGGAGAACACCGGGAUGAUGAAAGAGAGCUGGAUUCAGCAUCUCCCAUUGCCUCAGUGUCAUUUGGGGCCAGCAGGGAAUUUGUCUUCCGCCACUGCUCAUCACGGGGUAAAAAAGCUUCUAGGAAAAUUGAACCUGUCUGUAUAGAACUACAGCAUGGCAGUCUGCUUCUGAUGAAUUGGCCCACCAAUGUCUACUGGUAUCACAGCCUGCCUGUUAGGAAGAAGGUCCUCUUGCCUAGGGUUAACCUAACCUUCCGUAAGAUUGUGGGGCUGAACAAAACACAGAAAACCUCCUGAGAAGAACCUUUUCAUUGUAUGUUGUUACUGCCUUGAUGGAUUUUGUCUGUGGAGAUUUUGUAUUCAUUAAACUUUAGUUUCAAAACAUAAGUAGUGGGACACGUGGAAAAUUCUAUUCACACAGAUGAAAGAAAUUUGUUGCGUCAUUUUAAAGCACUGGGCUGUUUCUCUCCCAAGCUUCAGCCUUAAUCAGUCAUUUAAGCUGCUUGCAAACAAGACUGCUAAUUCAAAAAAACAAAGUUUGACUGUACACUGCAAAAAGAAUUGUAAAAUAUCUUGCGGAAAAAUGAGCCAGUUCAGGACAGGAUUGUUAGGAUCUGUACAGCAAAUUAGUAAUAUCUUUUAUGCACGUGUAAUGCACAAUCUGAACUGAAGAAAGAGAAUUUAAAAGCUGAAUUAAAUACUGUUGCUAACACAUCGAUGUGGAAGCGUAAACAGUCAAA